AUGCUUGCCUGGUUCGGGCCGCCCGCUGGAAGGCGGGGUGGGUUCGGUUUCCCCCGACCCCACGUGCCCCCGGACCGCGGGCGGCGGGGUGAGCGGCCGGCGGUCGUUUCGCCGGCGGCUGCGGAGAGCGCGUGGCUGCUCCUCGAUCCCGGCGAGGACAACGGAUCGCCGCUGCGCGGCUGGACCGCGUCUUGCGACGCCGCAUGCCGCCGGCUCAAGCCCGUCGAUCUACGCUCUCUGACUUGCCGGAGGCCCUCUGCCGCCUACGAGCUGUUGCUCGCGUGCAACGAGCUUCGCUCGCUGCCGGCGUGGGUCGGUGCGUUGCCGCAGCUACACGUGCUCAACCUGCAGCACAACCGGCUGCGGCGGCUCCCGGCGGCGGUGCUCCGCAUCAAGGGGCUCCACUACCUGCGCUGGGGCGCGCAGAAGCCGCACGUUAGGCUAGCGCAGCAUGGCCAUUCGCUCAAGAAGCUCCACCUGGGCUGCAACGGCGUGACUUGCGUGCUCCCCCACCUCACGCGGCUCACCGAGCUCUGCCUCGAGGGCAACCGGCUCUCGGAGCUGCCCGCGGCGAUUGGCCGGCUGGACAAGCUUCGCGAGCUGUGGCUGCACGGCAACUUGCUGACUUGCCUCCCCGCGGAGCUGGGUCAGUGCGCAUCGCUCACCGUCCUCCAGGCGCACCACAACCGCCUCGCGGAGCUGCCCGCCGCCCUCGGCGCGCUCCGCCGGCUGCGAGGGCUCUACCUCCAGUCCAACAGGCUCGGAGGGUCGCUGGCCGCGCUGCGCCAGAGGGUGCUGCGUCACUUGCCGCUGCAGAACCUCGCCCUCGGCGCCAACGCCUUCGACCUCGCCGAGGCGUCAGAGCUGGCCUCUGAGCUGAGCGGCAGCGCAGCCCGCGCAGUCACCUCCUCCGGCCACUCCGGCGCGGCGCGGAUCGGGUUCGGCUGGGACGCCCUCUACCUCGCCGACCCGUCAAACUCGUACUACCUGCAGGACCCAGCCGGCGGGUGGGGCGGCGUACGCUACUUUGAGCGGCUCAUCCGAGCCCACACGGCCGGCUACGCGCGCGUCCUCCUCGUCGGCUCCUCGAUGGGCGGCACCGCCGCGCUGCUGCACGCGCACCUCGGCCACCGCGCCGUCUCGUUUGGCGCGCGGGCCCGGCUCGUCGCGCACGCGCCGGGGCUCGCCCUGCAUGAGCACGACACCUUCCACCACAACGUGCCCAUGUUCCUCGAGCGCGAGGGCCUGCUGGUGCCGCUGCUGAAGCGCGAGCUCCUCGCGCUGCUCCAGGGGUAG